AUGAAUUUGUAUAAUGGGAAGAAAGUAUACUGAAUUAGUGUUGUAUUACUAGUGAAUAGCAUGAAUGAAAAGGAGUAUGAACACAAACGUUUCCCUGCUUCGAGUGAGGGUUAUACUCCAGAGCCAAUUCUCUAAUGACCAAAUGAUAAUUCUCUACUCUCUCCUGAUACUACUUUUACCCCAUAUCAAUCAUUCUCAUACUCAAACGUAACUAACUUUGCCACAUAGGCAUUCCAGAAGCAAUUUGUUACAUCACAUAAUCUUGGUGCCAAGUUGGGCGUUUCUUUCUUCUAGGACCCAACAUCUCUGGCCCAUGACUCUCUUCUUUUUCAUCUUCAAUUGAUUCCUCUUCAGCUGGGCCUUGUUGGUUUAGAUUUGGGUUUGCAUCAAUUAUCCCCCUCUCCACUAUGACCUUGUCCUCAAGGUCCACAUCUAGAAACUCCCUGCUAAGUUCAACCAUAUCUACUCAUGUGGUCUCAUGGCGAGGAACUCCUUCCCAAUCAACAAGGAGUUCAGUUCGAGGUCCUGUCGGAGUGGAGACAACACGACUUGCUAUGAUGGCUGCUGGGCGUGGCUGCAGGGAAGACUGUAAUUCAGCUGCAGAUGGCACUGACACUUGCGGAGGACCGUGGAAGGGUUUCAGCACUGAUACAUGGAAGACCGGACGAAGGGCACACGACUCCAGCAACUCCAACCGGAAUUCUUCCAUGGAAUGUAAGCGGUCAUUAGUGUCCGAGACCUUGCUGUUAAUCUCAAUCUGACCCCACUGUAAGACUACAAUUUCUGCUUGGAAUUGUCGGAGUUCAUCGGUAUCCACCAUCUCUCAACGAGAGCACCAAUGAUAGAUUAGAAAAUGUGCAAUAGGAUUUGUAAUGAAUUUGUAUAAUGGAAAGAAAGUAUAAUGAAUUAGUGUUGUAUUACUAGUGAAUAGCAUGAAUGAAAAGGAGUACGAACACAAACGUUUCCCUACUUUGAGUGAGGGUUAUACUCCAGAGCCAAUUCUCUAAUGACCAAAUGAUAAUUCUCUACUCUCUCCUGAUGCUACUUUUAUCCCAUAUCAAUAAUUCUCAUACUCAAACGUAACUAACUUUGCCACGUAGGCAUUCCAGAAGCAAUUUGUUACAUCACAUAAUCUUGGUGCCAAGUCGGGCGUUUCUUUCUUCUAGGACCCAACAUCUCUGGCCCAUGACUCUCUUCUUUUUCAUCUUCAAUUGGUUCCUCUUCAGCUGGGCCUUGUUG